GCAACUGUCACCAUGGACUCUUUGCGAUCUAUCUCAGCUUCCGUUGGGAAAGAGUUUGACUCCAAACUCGCUGUUCCCUUUCUUUCCGUAGUUUUCCUCGCUGGCCUCUACACUCUCGUCGCUCCCAUCGCCAGCUUCAUCCGCGCUCUGCUCAGCCUGUUCGUGAUUCCAGGCAGGUCGCUUUCCUCCUUUGGCCCACGCGGCUCCUGGGCACUUAUCACCGGCGCUUCCGAUGGCAUUGGCAAAGAAUUCGCCCUGUCCCUCGCUGCCAAAGGCUAUAACCUAAUCCUCGUCUCACGCACACAAUCCAAGCUCGACACCCUCGCCUCCGAAAUCUCAUCCAAAUAUGGCCCCAAGAUCUCCAUCAAGACGCUCGCCAUGGACUUUGCGCAGAAUAAGGACAGCGACUUCGCCGCGCUGCGCAAGCUUAUCGAUGGGCUGGACAUCAGCAUGCUCUUCAACAACGUAGGCCUAAGCCACAGCAUCCCCGUCCCCUUCACCGAGACGCCCGCCCAGGAAAUGAACGACAUCAUCGUCAUCAAUUGCACGGGCACCUUGAAAGUCACGCAGCUAGUCGCACCUGGAAUGGUGUCUCGCAAGCGCGGUCUCAUCCUCACCAUGUCUUCCUUCGGCGGUUUCUUCCCUACCCCUCUGCUAGCCACAUACUCUGGAAGUAAAGCGUUCUUGCAGCAGUGGUCUACGGCUCUUGCAUCUGAACUUGAACCCCACGGUGUGCAUGUUCAGUGUGUCCAGUCUCAUCUUGUUACUACCGCCAUGUCCAAGAUCCGCAAGUCAUCUCUUCUUGUACCGAACCCGCGUCAAUUCGUGAGAGCUGCUCUGGGUAAGAUUGGAAGGAGUGGCGGUGCGCAGAAUGUCGCUUUCACGAGCUCGCCAUACUGGAGUCACGGGCUUAUGAUGUGGUUCUUGAACCGGUUCUUGGGAGACAGAAGCACCAUCGUUGUAACAGUCAACAGGGGCAUGCACGAGGAUAUCCGCAAAAGGGCUUUGAGGAAGGCUGCUCGCGAUGCGAAGAAGCAAUAG